UGUCUUGGGGAAAUUUCGAACCUGGGUUCUCAUUCCCAAGAGAAAGCAACAAGCCAGCUACUAUUAGAACCAGACUGGGACUCUAUUUUAGGUAUCUGUGACUGCAUCAGACAGGGAGAUGUACAACCCAAAUAUGCCCUGGCUGCAAUCAAGAAGAAAUUAGCUGUUGAUAAUCCUCAUGUUGCAAUGUUUGCACUCCAGACACUGGAGUCCUGUGUAAAGAAUUGCUCCUCAUUGAUUCACCAAGAAGUUGCUUCAAAAGAGUUCAUGGAAUUUCUGAAGGAACAAGUCAAGACAAGACCACCCCCUGUCAAAGAGAAAAUAUUGGAACUGAUCCAGGUAUGGUCACAUGCCUUCCGCAAUGAACCCAGCUACAAAGCAGUGCAAGACACAUACCAUUUAAUGAAAAUGGAGGGUUAUACGUUUCCUGCUUUAAAAGAAGCGGAUGCAAUGUUUGUGGCAGAAAAGGCACCAGAAUGGAAAGAUGGUGAAUGUUGUACUCGUUGCCGUGUGGGAUUCAGUGUUGUUCAAAGAAAGCACCAUUGCCGCAACUGUGGAGAAGUAAUGUGUAGUAAAUGCUCUUCAAAAGUGUCAACCAUUCCUCGCUUUGGGAUAGAACGUGAAGUGCGAGUCUGUGAUUCUUGCUUUGAUAAACUCAGAGAUAAGAAGACCGCAUCUGAUACAGACUCUCUGCCUUCUGAAUAUUUAGCCAGUUCACUGUCCAAGCAGUCGCAGAAGGCAUCAAGAGGUCAGGAGAAUCUUCCCCCUUCGAAGAGUGACCAGGAAAUCCAAGAGGAGGAGGAGCUACAACUGGCAUUAGCAUUGUCAAAGAGUGAACAUGAAAGCAAAGAGAAGGAGCGAGAGAAAACUACCCAUAAAGUACGUACAUAUAACGGAUAUACUCCCAGCAAGACAAAUGUGAGCCCACCACCAUCGACUGUUACUGUUUCAGCUCCUGCAAUAGACACUUCAGAUAUGGAUCCAGAACUUGCUCGUUACCUUAACCGAAAUUACUGGCAGCAAAGGUCAGAACAGAGUGCAACAACACCUUCUGCUCCCAUUGCUACCGCAGAACCAAAGACAACGAUUAUGAAGACACAUGAAAUGAAUGGGGAUAUUGACAUUGACCAACAACAAUUCUUGGGUGCUCUACAGAGCAGUGUUGAGAUAUUUGUCAAUCGUAUGCGCAGUAAUUCGAUGAGAGGUCGGAGCAUAACCAACGACACCUCUGUGCAAUCCCUUUUCAAUGUCAUAAGCAACAUGCACCCACAGUUGCUGAAAUAUAUUCAAGAGCAAGAAGAUGCCCGAAGCCACUACGAAUGUCUCCAGGACAAACUUGCUCAGCUGAGAGAUGCUCGGGAAGCCCUUGAUGCUUUGCGGGAGGAUCACCGUGAAAAACGAAGACGUGAACAAGAAGAACAAGAGAGACUUAGACAGAUUCAGAUGUCACAGAAGUUGGAAAUUAUGCGGCAAAAGAAACAUGAAUACCUUGAGAUGCAACGCCAGUUAGCUUUCCAGCGAAUGCAUGAACAGGAGCGAGAAUAUCAGAUUCGUCUUGAGCAACAGAAACACCUCACUCAGAUCAGGCAGAUGCAGGCUUAUGGCUACGGCCAGAACCCGUAUGGUGCCCCAAACUUUCCUAGUCCUGGCAGCUCACUUGAAAACUCCCCGGUCCACCAGAUGCAUCGAAUAGGUUAUUUGCCAGUUGGCAUGAUGCCAGGUCCUGGUGCUCCACCAGGCAUGGCACCACCGCCGCCGCCACCAUCCCUCCCGGUCAACAGCAGUGCACCAAAUGAGAUCUACAUGCAACCACCUGGUGCACCACCGUCGCAACAACAGCCACCACCGCAGCAACAGCAACCACCACCGUCACAGCAACAACAACAACCACCACCACAACAACAGCAACCGACACCACCACAGAUCCCAAAUGCACCCAACUCCACAAACUACAGCCAACCUGCUGGUGGUCAGUACCCUCCUGCUCUUGGUCACCCGUCUCAAACGGUUGCACAGACUGCAGGUUACCAACCAGCAAUGGGCACAGAUGUUAUACAGGCUUCUUCCAAUUCUUACCAAUCUUAUAAUCCAGCAUCGAGUCAGCCGUCAAGUUUAUCACAGAUUUCUUCUGCAGGACCAAUUUAUACAUCAAUCCCUAAUCCAGAAUAUUCCUCAUUAAGCAUGCAGAAUCUGGCAAAUACUCUUCCUCCAGUCGGUGCAUCUCAACCAAGUGUGUACAGUGGAAUACCUGCACAACCACCCCAACAGCAACCACCACCACAGCAGCAACAGCAGCAGCCACAGCCCCAACAGCAACAACAAUACAUGGCUGGGCCUCCCACCCAGCAAUAUCAGGCACCACCACAGCAAAUGGUGCUGCCACAAAACGAAGCAGAGCUGAUUAGUUUCGAUUAAUUAUUAUCAUUAUUAAUAUUAUGAUUAUUAUUAUUAUUAUUUCAU